AUGUUCCCGAAUUGUUUAUUACGUUCACAGAAGCCAACAUUACGUGAUUUUUUAUUGAAACAUGCACAAACACGAAGAUGUUUGUGUUCAGACAAGGAAAUCUUCGAUCCAUGUGAGCAAUUAUUACAAUUAACAUCAUUUGAAGAAGCAACCCUCUUGUCGUGGUCAAGAGAUUCGAAUGUUGAUCGUGGUCUGAAUUUGUUUAUAUUACUUCAUUUUUUGUCUGCUGUCAAUAACAAUUCUUACUAUUAUCACUAUAUUAAUAAUGGAAAUCCAGAUGGUACAAAUAUGUUUGGUCAUAUCGUUGGAACAUCAGGUAGUGGCAAAUCUUCGGCUUUAACGCCUCAUAUGGAUGCUUUGGGUCGGACUUUAGCACAAAUGGAUACUAAUCAAGAAUAUAUCCAAUAUCCAAACAACAACAACAACAACAACAACAACAACAACAACAACAACAACAACAACGAUUUACCAUUUGAGCAGCCAUUCAUUAUUUCCAAUGCAACAGCACUACAUGUAUAUCGAAGUUUGAUAUAUGGUAAUCGUUUAUUAUGUUCUACAGAAUGUGAUACAUUAUUGGGUAACUUGGGUGUAUAUGGUAACCAAUACAACGACCCACGUUUUGCCGAAAAUGUUAACAUGCUUAUUCAAAUGUUUGAUGGUGCUAAACACCAAAAUCGAUCGACUCUUUCUACAUCAUACAAUAUUCCUGAAGGACGACGUGCUUCUAUUAUUGGUGCAAGUGUAGGUGAUCCUUAUGCACGUGUGUCUCAACAGCAUCACGAAGGUAAUGGCAUUAGUGGUGCUCAUAAUCGAUUCACUCAUUAUCCGUGUCCGAUAACAAAAGCUAUCAAAACUAAUUCCGGUUCAACCGGUGUAAUUUCUAAUAUGGUUCCAUCUCUUCAACAUGUCUAUACAGUUUCCGUAUUACUUGGAAAAGUUGAAUAUGUAGCACGAAAGAAUGUAUAUGAUAAAUCUGAACCGAAAGAAAUUAAUAUAUUCAAUACGGAUAUAGAAGAGAAAUGGAAAAGAUUGCGACCUAUGUCCAAUCGUCAAUACUAUUAUUCACGGUCACAAAUUGAAAUUGAACUUGAAGAACCAGAAGCUGAUGCUACACGGGAACAAAGCAAAAGUGCUUUUUAUUAUAUGUUUAAUCGAGUUUAUACUCAGUGGGAAGAAGCAACAGAAAGUGAAAAACAAGAAUAUGAAGCCAUUAUUAACUUCAAAAAUUCAACAAAGAUUCCUCGUUUCAUAUGUAAUUUUGCCCGAUUUCGGUCAAUUAUGAAUAUUUUAUGGGACGAUACUGUAUAUCCAUUUAUUGAAAUAUCAGAGGUAGCCAAUGCACCAUAUCGUGUAUCUGAUUCUUUUAUCGAAGCUGUCAAAAAUGUUAUCGACAAAUUAUUUCCGCCAAAUUUGUGUAAAAAUGAUGGCACAAAAAUUUUGAUUAUUGAAAAGGAUACGGCAAUCAUGGGUGAUUUAUUUUUUGCUCAUGUUGAUCAAGUAUCUCGAAAGCUCUUCGAUUUGUCAUCAAUUCAAGAGAAAUUCAAUUCUGCACCGAUGCCGUCUCAUCUGUUAACAAAUGCAUAUAGAAAUUUUGAAAAUUACAAUACUGUAUAUGCUGAUGCAUCAACCAUUAUUUUAUCGAAAUUUAUCUUUUUUUCAGCAUCAACAUUUAGUUAUCAUCGACAAUUCCAUAACAAAAAAGAACGAUUAUUGAUGGCUAUUGAAUAUUUGGUUACAAAUCAAUUAAUAGAUCAGGCCUCCGAUAAAUUAAGAUUUAUCAAAGGAGCUCACAGAAGUUAUGCUUUGUUUCCACCUAACCAAAUAGAAAGCAAUGAUUUAUCAAUUAAAGCAUUGGCUGAAUUAAACUUGAGUAUUAAUGAUUAUAAAAAAAUAUGGGAACUAUGUCUAUUGCCUACAGCUGAACUAUCUGCAAAAAUUGAAAAAUCAGCAAUUAACCAUAUUAAUUUACAUUUAAAGGAUUAUAUUUCAAUUAUUCAUCGUUUAGGUAAUGUCUACGAUCCUAUCGCCCAAGAAAUCUUGAAACCUGGCUUGAGUAGUGGGCAAAUCGGUAUCGACUUCAAUUCGAAUAUAUUUUCAUUAGAACCUGAACAUAUUAUUCAUUUCGAAAAUAACGAUGACAUUUUGAAACAAUUAAAUAAAUUAUGCUUUCGAGCAACUAAUCGAACUCUUCCUUUAUCAAAUAAUACUACAUCUUCAAUGAUUGACAAUUAUGUUUCAAGCUCAACGAUCUCCGGUGCGAUCAAAACAUCCGUGCCACUUGCUGAUAAUUAUGUUCCAUUACAAACAGAACGAGAUAUUUCUUUGAAUGAAUGUGAUCAACUAAAUAUAUUCAAAGAACAAACUAUAUCAAAUGAAGGAGCUUCUAGUUCAAUUGAAUAUAAUAGUUCAACAGAUUCUAUGAUUAUCAACGAUAUCGACCAUAGUUUAUUUGUUCAACAACAACCACAGAAGGAAUCAUUUUCUGUAUUAUCAUCGUCAAUCAUCAUUGAAUAUGAUUAUGAAAAAGAAAACAAAAAUCUUCAUUUUGAUUCUAUGGAAAAUGAUAAUGAUUCAAACAUUCAAACGUCGUCAUCUUGUGACACAACGACAAUUGAGUAUAAUAACAAAUCAGAAGAUUUACAAGAAAAUUUAAAUGCAACUAAUAUUGAUAAUAAAAAAGCAUUUAACAUUAUUGCAUUAUCAAAAAAGAUCAUGCUGAAACCUUUUGUUGCAUUUACCAAGACAGAUGCAACUCGGUUAUAUAAUAGUGCAGAAAUAAAAAAUAUUGUCAUUAAAUAUUUACAAGAAAGUGGACUUAUCAUGCAAAUCGAUGACUUGUUUUUGUCAAGUAGUCCAACCAAAAGAGCAUUCAAACCUGAAAUAGGUUUUUUGAAACUGUUUCCAGUUUCACAAUCGGCGUCAGAUACAUCAACAUUUGAAACAAAACUUCGAGAAAAAGUUGGUAUCACAUUCGAUGAUUAUGCAAACAAAGUUUUCAAUGACGGUGGUUCAUCCUUAUCAACUUCGAGUAGAAAUAAUAUGUUUAACACAGCGUAUCAUAACUGGCUAUUGAAUCUUUAUUGGUAUGACAAACUUAAAGAAGGACAUAUUAGUGUAUAUUAUCAAAACAAAAUUAUUUGUCCCGAUACAAACAUGAAUCUGCCUAUGGUAACUAUAUUUUCAGUAUCCAAUGAUAAUGUUCAUGAUUCAUUUGACCGACCACGAUCCAAACUGACUGCUUCUCAACGGACAAGCAAAGAGUUAAGACGGCUUGGUGCUAAACGACAAAAAGAAUCCGAUGAUGAUCCACCACCAAAACGAAGACGAAAACCAAAACGAUUUGCCGAUGAGGAUUAUUGA